AUGAAGUUUCUAUGCCUCCCAGGAGGUUAUUGCAACGCUAAGGCUCUCAAAAUACAGCUAGGCCCCUUCUGUGAUGCCCUCGCAUCCAAUGGGAACGCCAGCUUCCACUUCACACAGGGAACCACCGAGGUUCAUGUUCCUCCACAAUUUGCCGGUUUCUUUGGUCCACCUCCCAAUUAUACCUUUAUGAAGGUCGAUGGGCCCCUGGUCCAUAGGAACAUGGGCAACUUUCCAAAGCGCAAUACUCCCGAAGAAGCAAUGAAGGCAGCCGCACAGGCAGCAGGCAAUCCCACAUUCUCCUCUAUCGCUCAAGUCGUGGACCGUCUCGUUGGGAUUCUCGACGGUGAAGGUGAUAUUGGUGGUGUGAUUGGCUUCUCUGAGGGGGCCCAAAUUGCCGCAUCACUCAUUCUGGAGGAGCAAAGAAGAGAGAGAGAACAUGGUCGGAUACCUCGACUUAAGUGCGCGAUCUUUUUCAGCGGAUGGCCACCGGUACACCCGGUGACUGGCAGGCUUCUUACAGCUGACGACUAUAAUGAAGAACCGAUUACUAUUCCAAGCUGUCAUGUUGUGGGUGCAUCAGAUCCGUUCAUUGAUGGGUCAAUGGCACUGUACAAUAUGUGUGAUCCAGACAGUGUGGAUUUAUUCGACCAUGGAGCCGGACAUUUAAUUCCAAGAAACAAAAAGGUUACAGAGGAGAUUGCUUUGGUGGUACGCGAGAUGAUCAAUUGUGCAGUCUGA